GGCCGCGUCCGUGCCGUUCCGUGCGGCGGGUGAUGUGGUCGGCGGGCGGGCGGGCGGCCUGACCUCCCGCCAUGCGGCUGUCGUGCAAGGUGGCGGCGGCGCUGCUGUGCCUCGGCAGCCUGCUGCUGCUCUAUCUGCUGGCGGGCAGCGCCGCCGAGCCCCCCCGCCCGCCGCCCGCGCCCUCCGCGCCCGCCCGCCCCGCCGUGCCGCCCGCCCGCCGGCAGCCGCGGCUCAGCCGGAGCCCGCCACGGAGGAGCCCCGCCGGGGGCAGGCUCGUCAGCGCCAGGAAGCCUGGAGAACAGAAACAUUCAAAAGAGCCUUCAUCUUUGCAAUGCAUGCAUCUGGCAGUUGUGGCAUGUGGGGACCGGCUGGAAGAGACGCUGAUCAUGCUGAAAUCGGCACUUCUCUUCAGCAACAGAAGGCUCUGUUUUCACAUUUUUGCUGAGGAUUCCCUUAAGCCUGAAUUUGAGAAGAAGCUGAAGGAAUGGCCUUCCUCAUACACAAAGAAGUUUGAAUACAACAUUUACCCAAUAACCUUCUCAGUAGGAAAUGCUCAGGAAUGGAAAAAGUUAUUCAAACCAUGUGCUGCCCAGCGCCUUUUUCUUCCGGUCAUUUUGAAGGAUGUGGAUUCUCUCCUUUAUGUGGACACUGAUGUCCUCUUCCUGAGGCCCAUCGAUGACAUCUGGAACAUCCUGACAGAGUUCAACUCCACACAGCUAGCUGCUAUGGCCCCAGAGCAUGAGAUACCAAAGAUUGGCUGGUACAGUCGCUUUGCACGUCACCCUUAUUAUGGGACAACUGGAGUCAAUUCCGGAGUGAUGCUAAUGAAUUUAACACGGAUACGCAACACUCAGUUCAAGAACAGCAUGAUACCGAGUGGUUUGAGUUGGGAGGAAAUGUUAUAUCCAUUAUACCAAAAGUACAAAAACUACAUUACAUGGGGAGACCAGGAUUUACUAAAUAUAAUUUUUUACUUUAACCCAGAGUGUCUCUAUGUGUUUCCCUGUCAGUGGAAUUACCGGCCUGAUCAUUGUAUGUAUGGAAGCAACUGCAAAGGUGCAGAAGAAGAAGGUGUCUCUAUUCUACAUGGAAAUAGGGGUGUCUACCAUGAUGACAAACAACCUACGUUCAAGGCACUCUAUGAAGUGAUACGUGAUUUUCCAUUUGAAGACAAUCUCUUCCAGUCUCUGUACUACCCUCUGCAGUCCAAGUUUCUGGAUACAGUGCACACUUUAUGUGGGAGAAUUCCGCAAGUAUUUUUGAAGCAAAUUGAGAAAACUAUGAAGAAGGUGUAUGAAAAUCGUGUCAUUGUCUACUUGGGUGCCAACCACAGAUACUAAAUGUAGCUAUAUAUUUUUAAGCAGUUUUCAGUCUUGCACCCCAUCUCAUGAAGCAUAAAAAUGAAGAGUACGAACUCCUUUUCUGAAACUCAGAAUUAAAAUAGUUCCCUUAUCCAAUUUCCUAAUAACCCCUGAAAUUACAAAACCAGAGGAAAUCCUAGGACCUAAGCUGUCUUUUGUUCUCUUCUCGUGUUUACUCUUGGUUGUACCAGGGAGAGGUGAAGAUUCUCACUUUCAUUUGAUGAGUUUAGUUUGCUUGUUUAAGAACAGCUGUAUUCACUGUAGCCUGUACAGAUCUUAGGCUUGACAAACUAUGGUUUGAACCAUGUGACGUCAGGAGUAUAACUCUGAAAUGACAGGGCAAAUAUUCUUGACUCAUGAGAGCACUGAAUUACAGAGCAGAUCACUUGUGUGAUAGGAUCAGUUAAAAUUUACUGUAGUAAAGGGAAAGAAUUUGCUUAAAAUUGCACUUCUGUCUCGAGGUAUAUUACCUGCUGUUCUUCACACGUAGGACCUAAGAUUUCUCUUACUUAAAAGAAUUAGAGGAAUAGAAGUGCCUCUUUGUACUUUACAGCACUUUUUGUCUGGUGAUUCUCAUUUUUUCCCUUCUGCUCUUCAGUAGUUUUGUGGGGGCAUCUCAUGAAGGAAUUACAAGGAAAAUAAUUGCAGCAUCAAUAGGAAGACUGUACAAGAAAUGUGAGGGGAAUGCAGUGGAAGCUGUGGCACCUGCACAACUAGUGGAGAACAGCAACACAAUCCUUUCUUGUGGUGUACGGUCAUGGUCUUCCCCUCCAGUGUCUUACAGUUUUAAGAAUGUAUCUAUAAUUUGGUAAUACUAAUUGCGUUAGACACAGUCCAAGAAUAUUGUGAAUGAAGAGAACAAAACCAGAUACUGUUGAUCUGGUUUCCUCUUUAAUUAAUCCUCUCUAAUUGCUGUUUACUGCACAGUAACAGUAGUAUGCAACUGACAACCAGGGAUGCUGCGACUGCUGCCUCUGACUCACCUUUCCGGUUCACCAGAAACUUGGGGUAUAGACAUAAUUUCUGCCUGGUACUUUUGUCCGUGAAAGUUGAGAGUUUUAUGGUAGGAUCAUAAUGAAGAUCCUCAAAGUGAAAGAGGAUACAGGAUGGCUUUAAUGCUUAUUUAAAAUACUUCAUGUAGUUUAGGUUUCGCAAGUAUGAUGAUCACCUGAUGAGAUUCACACACAACAGCUUAUUAAAACUAGCAGUAGCUGAAAGGUGCUUGGCACAAGUCACUGGGAAAGUGAGGAUGCUCUUAAAGAGUGGUGAUACAAGAGCAGACUCCCAGAGGGUGUUUGCUAAGUGUAAGCCCCGAGGGGUGUGUGUAGGUAAGUGCUUCAGGAAGACAGCAGAGAAAAUGAUCUUACUUAUCAGGUCUGUUCAGCAGGUAAAAUUAGCCAUUGCUUGGAACUACUCACUUUAAUAGGCAAAGUAGGAGAGGGGUGAGAAGGGUGAGAUACAUGGAGCUUUCUUGUACUGAAAGGCAAACCGAUAGAGGUUGUAUGUCCUGUACACGUAAUGUGUGUUUAUUAGCAAUAACCAUCCUGGGGGGUGUGAAUGAGUGAAAAGGAUAUGUGUCCUAAGUUAAAACGUACGAUUUCUGAAAAAUUGCAGUUUUGGGGGUUUCUGCCCUGUCCAGUCAGGGCUGAUGCACAAUUUCGUAAGAAAAGAGACUCCAAGAGAAAGUCCUUUAGGUUUGCAUGUUCCUCUCUCCCUGUGUGGCAGCUCCUGAGUGGAGGGAAAGGCAGGCCCUGCUGGCAUCUCAGCUGCAGUGAACAGCCUGUACACAGGAUGAAGCACCGGCAAACACCAGCGUGUGAAAACGCCUGUGACACAUCCGUAAGUGCUGGGUGAAUGACACAAGGUGGCUAACGGCAUCACAGGAAGCAUCUGAGUAGAGGAGGUGUUAAGAUAGAGGCUUGAAAUAAGGGACAUACUAUCUUGGUCCUAGCAGUCUCACUGCUGCUCUCUGCUAGUCCUCGCAGGCAGGACAGACAGACAGAAACUGUUGUUUGCGGGCUGUGUGCUGCAAAUUCUAAUCAGUGAUUUGUGUGAUUCUGACUCUCAUCCCUUCUCUUGCAGUUUGCCACUAAUGUGUAAAUUGACGUGCAAAGGAGACAGGCAGCUCUGCAUCUAUUUUGAUUGAAAGCACAGGACCCAGAAAGACAUUUAAAGUGUAGAUGUUACUGCUUCUCCAACUUAGUAUUGUCUGGUUUAACUGAAGUUUUAGCCGCCACUUAAAAAGAACAGAACACUUCUAGUUGCAGAGAGGAGUGUGAAUGUGACCCAAAUGAACACUGAAGACUUCAGAGUCGGAAGGCAAUGAAAGGCAAAUUCAGCAUGCUGUUUUAAAAAGUUUAAGAUCAUCUAAGCCUAACGUAGGUAGGUAGGUAAACCUUUCAGGAUAGCAAUACUGAGAGCUUAUAAAAAAUACUUGCUUAUAUUAGCUUGCUUUUUGAUCUUUGUUUUCAAGUAUCAGGGUAAAGCUGACUGUGGGUCAGAUGAGGCCAGAUGAGGUGCAUGCUGGGCACUCUGAAUUCCUCAUUUCUAUGGUAGCUACAAGCCACGGAAAGUUGCAUAGCAAAAGUCCUGUUGCCCAGACAGUCAUAACUCUGGUGCUAAGCCUCUGAAGUUUGGGAGGCUGGGAUUGUGUAAGCUGUGAUUCAGCAGAACCCAGCAGCUACGGGCACAUUAAAAUGAAGGAAUGGAAUUCAUUACAAAACAAAAGCAUUUUUGCAUUUAAAAUUAUUAGAGAUGAAACCAGUGCUUUUUAUGUUUACAAGAGGUGCUACAUUAUGUUUAGAAGGAAUUGUGUUAUAUUCUCAACAGCUAUUAAAAUUUAAGAAGUAUAUGCUUUAACAUGAAGACUUUUUUUAAUAUAAUACCAACUUGCAGGAAGAAAGGGGGAGACUCCCCCCUGCUGAGCUGCUUCUGAGCUCCCCAAAGUGGCUUAAAACAAUUCUGUAACUUCAGUUUUGUUGCUGUUACAGUUAUUAAUAUAUGUUUUAUUACUGCUUCCAAAACCAUGAUAUAUUUUGGUUUUAACAGUAGUUGAUUCUAAUAUUAAUCUUAUUUAGAAACCAGUUUUAAUUCCUUUCCUGUUUCAUACUUGUGGCUAAUUCCUUGUUAAUUAGCCUUCAUUUAUUUUAAUAAUGGGAUAUGUAAAUACGUAUAUAAACUUUAUAUCCUCACUCCCCCUUCCUCUCAUGUAUUUUAGCUAUUUCCAAUGACAUAGUGUAAUGAAACCACCUUUGCUAAUGUAAUACCCUCAGCAGUGUCAGGCUAACGUAGGGGGUAAACAAAACCAGUUUUCUUUACACUCCAGCACAUGGAAUGUAUGGGUAACAAAGGGAAAGUAUCCCCUUGCACACUGAGAAGGAAGCAGCAGGGUACAGCAGAGAACUGUGCCUGCUUCAUCUGAACUUAAGCCCCAAACCAGCAAAUGUUGGAUACUCUGAAUUUUGCCUGUGUAUUCGGGGGCUUAUAUGUAGUGCAUAAUGCUAAGCAUGUAACCAAGUCCUUGCUGUAUCAGCGCCAGAUAUUCAGGGUUUAAAGUUGCUAUAUUAUACUUGAACUUGCUGAAGACAGAAAAAUAGGGGCUUUGUAGUAAGUGCUGCUGAGCACCUUCUUUUAGCUCAAAGCCAUUUAAAAGGCAUCAGGCUACCAGUGCACGUUGUACCACAAAGAGCUGCCGGAGUGGGAAGCAUUUGGUCGCAUCAUUUCUCUAAUGUGAGAGUUUCUCCAGGCUAUUUGCCUGCAUGUUACAAAGCAGGCUUAGAUAGCUACACUGUCCUGUCACUUACAGGAGGAAACUGGAAACCACUCUGUGUGUGUGUGUGUGUGUGUGUGUUUGUAAUAGGAGCGUGUGUGUAAAGAAUUCUGUACCUUUUCUCUGUCAUUUAAUUGCUCAUGUAUUUUUGUUUGACAAGUGCACCAAUUGUUUAUAGCUCCCAAGGAGGCCUAGCAGUGCAUUUCUUUGUUAAGAUCCUUUGGCUUACAGUACAAAUAAAUGAAGUUUUAAGCAA